CCUGAUUUUUUACUAACUUUUCUAUUUUAGGAAUUUAUUAAAUAAAAUUAUAUUUAUCUUCCCCUUUGUAUUUAUUGCUUGAUGCGAUUCAAACUGAAUAGCAAUGCUUUGGAGUUAUGAUGCAUCAAACUAGUAGAGGGAGGCCACGAGACAUCAUCUAAGCAAUGAUAUAUAGGACUGGAGAGAAAUUUAUUGGGAUCGACUUGAGUGGCAUGCACUGUGCCAUAUUGCUCAUUGACAAGAGGGUCGUCUCUUCCGUCAUAUUUAGGGUAGUAGGCAAAGACUUGGCGGAGGUUCCUUUGGCUGCAACAAGUGCGCAAGCUGAGGGACAGGGAUAUUUUCAGGCACUUUUUUGUUGUUUGAAGAGGCUAUUAGGGUCCCUUGCAGUGAAGAAUGUGGUUGUUUCUGCCUUGAAAGAAGCUGAGCCGAUGUGGAUUAAAAAGUUUGGCUUCAAAAAGUUGACUCCUGGAGAGGUAUAAUUUCAUUUCCCAUCUUGAUAUUGCUGAGGAAAGCACCAAAAUUUGGGAUUAGGCGUUAUAAAAUGGGACGGUGGGAGUACUACUUUUCAAAAACAAAGAUUUAUUAAAAUUUCAAUUCAUGUACAUCAUUAUUUAAUUUAAUUUUUUUUGCGACAAAAGACAUGCCAU